UGUACUUUUGGUUAAGUUGGAUAGUUUUCAGUUUUCAUUAUUUAUUGGGUGUGGGUUCGAAUCCGAUCGUUGGCCAUUAUUUUAUAUGUUAACCAAUGACUCACUCUGAAAUUCCGGAACUGAAAUGAAAUUAUUUUUUUAACAGAGGAAAUGGACUUCCACCAAUGGAAUGGACUCGUAGAGUUGCUUUAGAAAAGGAAAUGGCAUCAAGAGAUUCUUCUGUGUUUCGCUAUAUAAAAUUAAUUUUUGAUGAUUCUAGCAACUUUAUUAUUUAUCCAACUCCGUUGGGAAUUUCUGUUUAUAAUUUGGUCACAAAACAAUUGGUUAGACAAAUUGGGACGAGUGAAAAUUUGAGAUUUUUUGGCAUUGCAUUGUGUCGAGCAGUUCCAAGCGUUACGGAAAAAUUACAAGGCGCAGCAACAAGUGUGCGUGUUGAAGCAGCCGAAAAUCCAAAUUUGAGGAUAUCUGAACCCGAUCCAAUGCUUGUCGCCACCGCUUACAGAAAAAAUCGUUUUUAUUUAUUUACAAAUGUAGAGCCUUAUACUGAAGAAAUUGAUGGAUCUACAAGUUAUAACAGAGAUGUAUUUAAUGAAAAACCUUUGAAAGAAGAUAUGAUAACUGCUGUUGAAUAUGAAAAUGCUAUGCAACAAUCAAAAUUGAGCACACAAGCUGUUAUUUUCACUACAUAUGGAGAUAUUGUUGUAGAAUUGUAUCCAGACAAGGUACCCAAAACUGUUGAGAAUUUUUGUACGCAUGCGAGACGUGGUUAUUAUAAUGGACAUUCGUUUCAUCGAGUUAUUAAAAAUUUUAUGAUUCAGACUGGUGAUCCAACAGGAAAAGGCACAGGAGGAAAUUCAAUUUGGGGUGAUGAUUUUGAAGACGAAUUUCAUCCACAAUUGAGGCAUGACAGAGCUUUUCGUGUUUCAAUGGCAAAUGCUGGACCAAAUACUAAUGGCUCACAAUUUUUUAUAACAGUUUGUCCAGCUGAAUGGUUAGAUGGAAAAAAUACAAUUUUUGGACAAGUUUUGGAAGGGUUUAACGUUGUACAGAAAAUCAAUCAAGUUCCUGUUCAUGAAAAAAGUGGACGUCCACGAGAUGAAAUUUCUAUAAUUUCAAUUUCUUUAAAAAAUGCUUAA